CGGGCCGAGUUCGGGGCUGGGGCCCCAGCCGCUCAGCCGGAGCGCUGCGCACCCAGCCGGUCCGCCUGUCAGGCCGCCUCCUCUCCGGCCGUCUGAUUUUCUACUCUUCGGCGCCCUGCUCUUCCUCAUGUUGGCACCCCCGGCCACGGAGACCACCGUCCCCAUGUCCCAGACUGAGGCUGACCUGGCCCUGCGGCCCCCGCCGCCUCUUGCCACCUCGGGGCAGCCCCGCCUCGGGCCCCCUCCUCGCCGAGUGCGCCGCUUCUCCGGGAAGGCUGAGCCCCGGCCGCGCUCUUCUCGUCUCAGCCGCCGUAGCUCAGUUGACUUGGGGCUGCUGAGCUCUUGGUCUCUGCCAGCCUCACCCACUCCGGACCCCCCCGAUCCUCCGGAUUCCGCUGGUCCUGGCCCCGCGAAGAGCCCACCGCCUAGCUCCAAAGAAGCCCCCGAGGGCACGUGGACCGAGGGAGCCCCUGUGAAGGCUGCAGAAGACUCCGCGCGUCCCGAGCUCCCGGACUCUGCAGUGGGCCCGGGGUCCAGGGAGCCGCUGAGGGUCCCUGAGGCUGUGGCCCUAGAGCGGCGGCGGGAGCAGGAAGAAAAGGAGGACAUGGAGACCCAGGCUGUGGCAACGUCCCCCGAUGGCCGAUACCUCAAGUUUGACAUCGAGAUUGGACGUGGCUCCUUCAAGACGGUGUAUCGAGGGCUAGACACCGACACCACAGUGGAGGUGGCCUGGUGUGAGCUGCAGACUCGGAAACUGUCUAGAGCUGAGCGGCAGCGCUUCUCAGAGGAGGUGGAGAUGCUCAAGGGGCUGCAGCACCCCAACAUCGUCCGCUUCUACGAUUCGUGGAAGUCGGUGCUGAGGGGCCAGGUUUGCAUCGUCCUGGUCACCGAACUCAUGACCUCGGGCACGCUCAAGACGUACCUGAGGCGGUUCCGGGAGAUGAAGCCGCGGGUCCUUCAGCGCUGGAGCCGCCAAAUCCUGCGGGGACUUCAUUUCCUACACUCCCGGGUUCCUCCCAUCCUGCACCGGGAUCUCAAGUGCGACAAUGUCUUUAUCACGGGCCCUACUGGCUCUGUCAAAAUCGGGGACCUGGGCCUGGCCACGCUCAAGCGCGCCUCCUUUGCCAAGAGUGUCAUCGGGACCCCGGAAUUCAUGGCCCCCGAGAUGUACGAGGAAAAGUACGAUGAGGCCGUGGACGUGUAUGCGUUCGGCAUGUGCAUGCUGGAGAUGGCCACCUCUGAGUACCCGUACUCCGAGUGCCAGAAUGCCGCGCAAAUCUACCGCAAGGUCACUUCGGGCAGAAAGCCGAACAGCUUCCACAAUGUGAAGAUACCCGAGGUGAAGGAGAUCAUUGAAGGCUGCAUCCGCACGGAUAAGAACGAGAGGUUCACCAUCCAGGAUCUCCUGGCCCACGCAUUCUUCCGCGAGGAGCGCGGUGUGCACGUGGAACUAGCGGAGGAGGACGACGGCGAGAAGCCGGGCCUCAAGCUCUGGCUGCGCAUGGAGGACGCGCGGCGCGGGGGGCGCCCACGGGACAACCAGGCCAUCGAAUUCCUGUUCCAGCUGGGCCGGGACGCGGCCGAGGAGGUGGCACAGGAGAUGGUGGCUCUGGGCUUGGUCUGUGAAGCUGAUUACCAGCCAGUGGCCCGUGCAGUACGUGAACGGGUUGCUGCCAUCCAGCGAAAGCGUGAGAAGCUGCGUAAAGCAAGGGAAUUGGAGGCGCUCCCACCAGAGCCAGGACCUCCACCAGCAACUGUGCCCAUGGCUCCCAGUCCCCCCAGUGUCUUCCCCCCUGAGCCUGAGGAGCCAGAGGCAGACCAGCACCAGCCCUUCCUUUUCCGUCACGCCAGCUACUCAUCUACCACCUCGGAUUGCGAGACUGAUGGCUACCUCAGCUCCUCCGGCUUCCUGGAUGCCUCAGACCCUGCCCUUCAGCCCCCUGGGGGGGUGCCAUCCAGCCUGGCUGAGUCCCAUCUCUGCCUGCCCUCGGCUUUUGCCCUAUCCAUUCCACGUUCUGGCCCUGGAAGUGACUUUUCCCCUGGGGACAGCUAUGCCUCAGAUGCAGCUUCAGGCCUUAGCGAUGUGGGAGAAGGGAUGAGACAAAUGAGGAGACCCCCAGGGAGGAAUCUCCGGCGCAGACCCAGAUCCCGGCUGCGGGUCACUAGUGUCUCAGACCAGAAUGACAGAGUGGUUGAGUGCCAGCUACAGACCCAUAACAGCAAGAUGGUGACCUUCCGAUUUGAUCUGGAUGGGGACAGCCCGGAAGAGAUUGCAGCUGCCAUGGUGUAUAACGAGUUCAUUCUGCCCUCGGAGCGAGAUGGCUUUCUCAGACGGAUUCGGGAGAUUAUCCAGCGAGUGGAGACCCUGUUGAAGAGAGACACUGGCCCCGUGGAGGCUGCUGAAGACACCGUAAGCCCCCAGGAGGAGCCAGCACCAUUACUUGCCCUGCCCGUCCCCCUCCCAGACCCAUCCAAUGCAGAGCUCCAGAGCAGCACUUCCCUGGAGCACAGGAGCUGGUCAGCCUUCUCCACCUUCUCAUCUUCUCCUGGAACUCCUUUGUCUCCUGGAAACCCAUUUUCCCCUGGAACCCCCAUUUCCCCAGGUCCCAUCUUCCCCAUCACUUCUUCCCCAUGUCAUCCCAGCCCCUCCCCAUUCUCCCCCAUUUCUUCCCAGGUCUCCUCAAAUCCCUCUCCACACCCCACCAGCUCUCCACUUCCAUUCUCCUCCAGUGCACCCGAGUUUCCAGUCCCACUCUCUCAGUGUCCCCGGAGUUCUCUCCCCACGACUUCUCCACCUACAUUCUCUCCCACUUGUUCUCAGGUCACUCUUAGUCCCCCUUUCUUUCCUCCAUGCCCCUCCACUUCUUCCCUCCCCUCCACCACAGCAGCCCCUCUCCUUUCUCUGGCUAGUGCCUUCUCACUGGCUGUGAUGACUGUGGCCCAGUCCCUGCUGUCCCCCUCACCUGGGCUCCUUUCCCAGUCUCCUCCAGCCCCUCCUAGUCCCCUCCCUAGCCUGCCCCUUCCCCCUCCCCUUGCUGCUGGUGGCCAGGAGAGCCCUUCACCCCACACAGCUGAGGUGGAGAGUGAGGCCUCGCCACCUCCUGCUCGGCCCCUCCCAGGGGAAGCCAGGCUGGCGCCCAUCUCUGAAGGUGAGGCCUCUGACCACGGACCUUCCCCUGCCAUUAUCCCUACUCACUGUCCUGUCACUGCUCUCCUUUCCUCAUGCCUUCUUCCUCUUCGCCCUACAGAGGGAAAGCCGCAGCUUGUUGGGCGUUUCCAAGUGACUUCAUCCAAGGAACCGGCUGAGCCUCUUCACUUGCAGCCAACAUCCCUCACUCUCUCCGGUUCUCCGAAACCUUCAACCCCUCAGCUCACUUCAGAGAGCUCAGAUACAGAGGACAGUGCUGGAGGCGGGCCAGAGACCAGGGAAGCUCUGGCUGAGAGCGACCGUGCAGCUGAGGGUCUGGGGGCUGGAGUUGAGGAGGAAGGAGAUGAUGGGAAGGAACCCCAAGUCGGGGGCAGCCCCCCACCCCUGAGCCAUCCCAACCCAGUGUGGAUGAACUACUCCUACAGCAGCCUGUGUUUGAGCAGCGAGGAGUCAGAAAGCAGUGGGGAAGAUGAGGAGUUCUGGGCUGAGCUGCAGAGUCUUCGGCAGAAGCACUUGUCAGAGGUGGAAACACUACAGACACUACAGAAAAAAGAAAUUGAAGAUUUGUACAGCCGGCUGGGGAAGCAGCCCCCACCGGGUAUUGUGGCCCCAGCUGCUAUGCUGUCCAGCCGCCAGCGCCGCCUCUCCAAGGGCAGCUUCCCCACCUCCCGCCGCAACAGCCUACAGCGCUCUGAGCCCCCAGGCCCUGGCAUCAUGCGAAGGAACUCCCUGAGUGGCAGCAGCACCGGCUCCCAGGAGCAGCGGGCAAGCAAGGGGGUGACAUUCGCCGGGGAUGUUGGCAGGAUGGUGAGGGCGGGCCCAAGGGAGGGAGAGCCCAGGGAAUGGUACCUGGCUGCAGCUUCGCCUUCCUCCCACCUUGGAAGUGUCUUCAUCACUUUUUCUUUUCCCUCCAGUGAAUUCAGAACAGAAGCCAUGUAUCUCCCCCACACCAGGGCCCACCAUGGAGCUUGUGUUCUCAGAAUCUGAUGCUUUUCUGACCAACACAACUGAGCAAGGAAGAUCCCAACACUGAAGGGGUAGAAGGCCAGGGGGGCAUGGAGAGUGCAGCUCCAUUAUAGCGAAGAGCCAAACAUAUGUGAACUGCUUGUUGUGUGGAGGUGUUAGUUCUGCUGCCUACCAUCUUCAUCUCUAGCCCCUCCCCUGCCAAGAGUCAACCACUAAGCAAUCCCACUCAAGCCUGGAUGCUUCUAGAGGGGCCCACUCCCAGCUGGUAGAGUA